AUGUCUCAUCGACGCACUCACAGCGCGUCGCAUGCCCAAACCGUACAAUCUGGAUACCGUAAGGUCGACUAUGGCCAUGUUGAGCCUCGCAGAUAUGCAUCCUCCACAAGUGGAAUCACUUAUACGCAUUGCUCAGGGGGCUUUUCUGCAGCAGAGGAAGGAGAUUUCACAGACGAGGAGUCCUACUACAUAGAAGGACCAAGUCCGCACGGAACAUAUUAUACCACGGCAAAUCCUCGAACAAACGCCUCGCGUCCUAGGCCAAUUCCUCAAAGCCAAAGCAGUACUCACCCUCGGGCUAUCGUGUAUUCCAGAAGGGGCUACCGCUCUGGAAGCGACCAGCCCAGGAACAUCCCUUGCUCUGAACAUGAAUUGCCCAGAGGCUCUUAUUCUGGAAACUUCAGCCAACCUGGUCGAUAUGCCACAAGCUAUCAGAAUCGUAGGGCAUAUUCUGCUUCUCAUGGCGGCCGCAGUCUUCGACAAACCUACCCAUCAGAUCACUACGAUGAAGCAGGGAACUAUGUUGGUCCUCCCGCUGUCGGCUCUUAUUCUAACAACCUUGUUUCGUUCCCGCGGCUUCCUGAGUCGAAUCACUCUUCACCAGAGAUCGACCAAGGAAACCAGGGAGGUUCGCGGCCAAACUCUGCCUCAGAAACACCUAAUAAACGAUCGUUCUCGGAACAGCUGGUCGACGGCGUACGUGGGCUUUUGAGUACGGAAUCAAAAGAGGACGAAGUUCCCCCACAGCCGCCUCGUACAGGUGUCUAUCUCUUUUGUCGUCAUUAUCUAAUCGAGGAGUGCGCUUGCAUCACCCCGCUUAAGGAUGGUGGGCCUGGUGAUUACUGUCAGAGGUGCUGGGAGGGCCGUUGUGAUGGACCGCGUCCUCCUGGGUCGGUGGUGAGGAGGUCAUUAUGGUAA